UCCCUUGAGCCAGCUUGCUUCUGACAGCUUGGCCUAAUUAUUUGUCGAGGGCAGACAUGCCCAAUUCUGUGUGUGCUCUCUGUCCCAGGCAGCACUGGGGAGGAUACCCAGUGGUGUUUCCUUGCUCCCCAAUCACAUGAUUAGCCCCUUGAGAAUGCAGAGGCCUUUCCAGGGGCUGCUCCAUGGGUUCACUGUAAGGAGGAGGGCAGACAACUCUGGUGGCUCAGCCUUUGGUAGAGCAGAAGGUGACUGUUGCUUAUGAGAUGCCACAGGAUGGGGUCAUUGCUUCUGUUACCAGGACUACUCCACAAACACUGGGCCUGGAAUGCCGGGCAGACAGAACCUGAUGACCUUUCCUUUAGAGAACAAUGAGACCUGGGUCUUCCGAGGGCUCCUAUUGGUGGAGAGAUGUGGAUUUCCUCUCCCCAGAGUGAUAGGCUGGGUGUCAAGGCUGAGCCCUUACGGAGUCCCAAAAUGAGGACCUGAGUCUCCCUGGCAUGUGGAUCUCCUUGUGCGUUGGAUUCCUGGGGCUGUGCUCCAUGCUAAUAGGCAGCUUCAUUCUCUUUCUGCACUGGAGGAAGAACUUGCAGAGAGAAGAGCGUGCCCAGCAGUGGGUGGAAGCGAUGAGAGCCUCUGCGUUCACCUACAGCCCACUGCUGUACUGGGUAAACAAGAGGAGGCACCUUGGCAUGAAUACAGCCAUUAACACAGGCCCUCCCGCUGCUAUAACCAGGACGGAGCCGGACAUUCUGAAUCCAGAUUCUCUGUGGGAGCUGGGCAUCUCUGAAGGCAGGAACUAUGCUGUGCAAGACCGAAGCCCUGAGGGUGAAGCCUCUGGUCCUUUGCACAAUGUUCCAGAGGUCCCAAAGCAGCCCCCGCCUUCAACAGUGCCACAGUCUCAGACUGAUUCCCCACUCCCACUCCCCAUCUUUCAGGAGGUGCCAUUUACUCUGUCCCUCUGCCACCUCCCUCCCAUGCUCAACCACUCUGUCUCCUACCCUUUGGCUGACGGCCCUGAAAGGAAUGUUCAUUUCUAUUCCUUCCCAACACUGGCCCAUGGAGCAAACUGCUUUAAGGCCAAGCCUUUUGCUUCAGAACUGUAGUUUCCUCUCAGUGAGGGUAGGAGCUGCAGGUGCAGAAGGUUCCCUUUGGUAGAA